AUGGAGGACAUCAAAGACCCUGAAUAUAUUCAAAUUGGGCUAGAGAAGCUCUAUAAGGGCAGUAUCAUGAUGGUCAAUACAGUGACUCUUCUGCAGGAUGAGCUCUCAAAAACUGCCGCAGCCACUGCAGCUUUCAUUCAUCAAAAGCUUGAUAAUCAGGAGGCAUUAGAGAAGUUGCACUCAAAAUGGAAGAAAGUUAUGGUGGAACUUAAAAACAAUAUUGUAGAGACAAGGGUAUUAAUGUUAGAGCCACCAAAUUCACUAGGAAGAGUCAUAAAUGGAUUGUCUACUGCAUAA